UCACUUUAUAAACCAGGCUAUCAGAUACAGGCGAGAUUUUUGCAAACAACUAUUUCUGUUUGUGUAGUCCCCGUGUCAAGUAUAUACAAAGUCUUCCAUUCUUCUAUAGCGUCCGCGGCCAAAUGGACCCGUUAGACUUUAAAACGAAUAAAGAGUUGCUGUUUUUCUUCCACCGGAAAAAGACGGAGAUUUCGUGCAUAGAAGAACCGCACAGACUCCUCACUCAGCUGCGCGACCACGAUCUGGUGCCAGAGAAACUUUUUGAGAAUGUGAAAAACACGCGUACUCGUAAGCAGAAGGAGAAGGGCUUCUAUGAGGUUCUGGACUGGGUGGAGAAAAAUAGACCUCAGGACAUACAGCAGUUCUGGUGCUGUGUGUUUGAAGAUCAUAUCCUGCAGCAGUACCCAAAGCUACGCAAGCUCAGAAGCAGUCUGCUUGAUGGCACUGAGAAACUCUAUGAGAAACCUCCGGAUGUUGAGAUACAGACAGAGGAGGAGAAGAGUAAAGGAAAGGCAGAGAAAGGGAAGGAGAAGAGCUACAAAAGAAAGGGAAGUAAAGAUGACAAAAGUAGUGAGGAUAGUGAUGAUCCUGGUCCUUCCUCUACUUCCACACCCAAGCGGAGGAAACCAGCCAAAAAACCCUCAUCCUCAUCUCCUGUGAAGAAAGGUGACAAGCAGGAGAUUUGGAAGUGGCCUAUUUAUAAAAUUCAGCUGCCUGUAAGCUGUGGGGAUAAAGAAGGAACUCUCUAUCGGGAAAACUGA